AUGGCUUCAGUGUGGGAAAGUCUCGUGUCUGUGCACCAGAGGAUAGUGCAGAAUGGAGACAAGAGGACCGACCCCUGGCUGCUGGUCUUCUCCCCAGUCCCAGUGGCUCUCAUCUUCCUGGUUUACCUCGGAGUGAUCUGGGCCGGGCCCCGUCUGAUGAAACACAGGGAACCUGUUGACCUGAGAGUGGUUCUGAUCGGUUACAAUUUCUCCAUGGUUCUCCUGUCUGCAUAUAUGUUCCAUGAGUUCCUGGUUGCAUCCUGGCUCUCAAACUACAGCCUCCUCUGUCAGCCUGUAGAUUACAGCUCCAGUCCGCUGGCGAUGAGGAUGGCCAGAGUUUGUUGGUGGUUUUUCUUCUCGAAGGUCAUAGAGCUCAGUGACACGCUGUUCUUCAUCUUGAGGAAGAAGAACGGUCAGCUGACUUUCCUCCAUGUUUACCAUCACGGUACCAUGAUCUUCAACUGGUGGGCGGGAGUUAAAUAUGUGGCUGGAGGACAGUCAUUCUUCAUCGGCCUGGUGAACACCUUUGUUCACAUCGUCAUGUACUCUUACUACGGACUGGCAGCAAUUGGCCCUCACAUGCAGAAGUACCUGUGGUGGAAACGAUACCUGACGUCCCUGCAGCUGCUGCAGUUUCUUCUCUUCCUCCUGCACACGGGCUACAACCUGUUCGCAGAGUGCGACUUCCCCGACUCGAUGAACGCGGUGGUGUUUGGGUACUGCAUCACCCUCAUCAUUCUCUUCAGCAACUUCUAUUAUCAGAGUUACUUUAACAGGAAGAAGCAGAAAUAA